UUCAAAAUUUUCAGCUUUCAACAACUCGGAAUUAAAAGCAAAGUCACUUUCCUCUUUGGAAAGCAGAAUCGGUAUCAGUUUUCCUUUCACUUCUGUAGCUGAAGAAAUGUCUGUUGACGCCAAGAGAGAUUCUGCCGGUGAAAGCUUUUGCAGAAUUGUUUUCACUCCAAAACAGAGCCUAAACGAAAAAUUGAUGCACUGAGGUACAACAUCAGUUCCCCAGACAAGGCAAACAUGAAUGUUGCAUCAUUGAGCGUACAACAGAAGCCGUUUGAUUUUUUGCGCCUGUUAUAUGAUGGUGCUGUUGCUGGAGCUGCUGCUGGUGUCGUGGUGGAAACUGUUUUAUACCCAAUUGAUACAAUUAAAACUCGACUUCAAGCAGUUCGUGGUGGGGGAGAAAUUAUAUUGAAGGGUCUUUACUCUGGAUUGUCUGGAAAUCUUGUGGGUGUUUUACCGGCAUCGGCAAUAUUUGUUGGUGUAUAUGAACCUGCCAAGCAGAAGUUGCUGAAGAGCCUUCCUGAGAACUUCUCUGCCUUAGCUCAUCUGACUGCAGGUGCUGUUGGAGGGGCUGCUUCUUCCAUAGUUCGAGUUCCUACUGAAGUUGUUAAGCAGAGGAUGCAGACAGGACAAUUUGCCUCUGCCCCCGAUGCUGUUCGUCUUAUCAUUGCUAAGGAGGGUAUUAAAGGCCUUUAUGCAGGAUAUGGAUCCUUCCUAUUGCGAGACUUGCCCUUCGAUGCAAUUCAGUUCUGCAUAUAUGAGCAGCUUCGAAUUGGCUAUAGACUAUCAGCAAGAAGGGAUUUGAGUGACCCUGAAAAUGCAAUGAUUGGUGCUUUUGCAGGUGCUAUCACUGGCGCUAUAACAACUCCUCUUGAUGUGAUAAAAACUCGAUUGAUGGUUCAGGGAUCAGCAAUGCAGUACAAGGGUAUUUUACAUUGUGUUAGUACUAUCGCAAGAGAAGAAGGUUCCUCUGUCUUUUUUAAGGGAAUGGGGCCGAGAGUAUUAUGGAUAGGUAUUGGUGGUUCUAUUUUCUUCGGUGUUCUUGAGAGAACAAAGCUAUUGCUCGCCCAGAAGCAUCCUCUUGAACAAGGUUCCAAUUCUUUGAAGUCAGUGUAACAUCAGAUAUAUCCAUUCAAUGGUAUAUCAACUCUAAAAACUAAAUCAUUGGCAAGAAACCAUUCCAAGAGCAAUGGUUAUUUCGAGCUGGAUAUCUUCAUUUUGAUAGUAUUUUUAUUUUUAUUUUUAUUUUUAACAAAAAUGCUUUUAACAUUUAUUAUGUGGUAGGCGUUUACCAUCAAUAAAUAGGGCAUAAGAAUUGUCCUCUGAUUUUAUUGCGAUUGCA